GUCCAUAGGCCUCGGUGCUGAAACAAAAUGGCUGGCUGCUAGCGACCCGGGUGAGGAGCAGCCCACACAGAGGCAGAUGGAGCAGUAUGCAAUUUUCUAGCAAGCACACACCCUUUCCCAAGCAGGCACCCAGCUAAGGGCUCACUCGGAAGUCCCCGGAGCCCAUGUGGUAGCAGACAAGAGGACGGAACAUGUCUUUGCUCUGCGUUGGAGUUAAAAAAGCCAAGUUUGAUGGGGCGCAAGAGAAGUUCAACACCUACGUGACCCUGAAGGUGCAGAAUGUCAAGAGCACGACAAUCGCAGUGCGGGGGAACCUGCCCUGCUGGGAGCAGGACUUCAUGUUUGAGAUUAACCGGUUGGACCUGGGGCUGACGGUGGAGGUGUGGAACAAGGGGCUGAUCUGGGACACCAUGGUGGGGACGGUGUGGAUCCCUCUGCAGACUAUCCGGCAGUCCAACGAGGAGGGCCCCGGGGAAUGGCUCACCCUCGACUCCCAGGUCAUCAUGACUGACAACGAGAUCUCUGGCACCAAGGACCCCACCUUCCACCGCAUCCUGCUGGACACCCGCUUUGAGUUACCGCUCGACAUCCCCGAGGAGGAGGCCAGGUACUGGGCGAAGAAGCUGGAGCAGCUGAAUGCUAUGAAGGAUCAGGACGAUUACGAGUUCCAGGAGGAGCAGGACAAGCCGCUCCCCGUGCCCGGCUCCCCGUGCUGCAACUGGAAUUAUUUUGGCUGGGGAGAGCAGCAGAAUGACGACCCCGACAGCACCAUGGAUGACCGGGACAGCGAUUACCGAAGCGAGACCAGUAAUAGCAUCCCGCCUCCGUACUACACCACUUCCCAGCCCAAUGCCUCGGUCCACCAGUAUCCCAUGAGGCACCAGCAGCAGAGCUCCCGCGACUCGUACACGGACUCCGUGCAGAGCUACGAGGUGGACUACUCGGAUCAGCGGCCCAUCAGACGCUACGAUAGCGUCGAUUCUGCCACAAACGGGCCCAGCGACGCUGAGUCCGCCUCUGAGUCGAGCAGGCGGGCCAGCCGCCAGUUCUCCCUUGAGAGCGGGCGGUCCCUAGACCUGUCGGAGAGCCCCACCGGGAGCAGCCACUACGCCUCGUCCGGGGAGCUGAGCCAAGGCAGCUCCCAGCUGAGCGAUGACUUCGACCCCGACAACGAGAGCCUGCGGGGCUCGGAGCUGGACGAGCGGGACGGGGACUCCUACCACUCCUGCCACAGCUCCGUCAGCUACCACGACGACUCGCCCCACUGGGAGGAGGACUUCUACCCUGAGGAGGAGGACGAGGACUACAGCGAGAACGAGCGGGACUACCCCCAGGCCCGGGCCGCCCCGCUGCGGGACCAGGAGGCGGACGAGGCCAAGCCCCUGGAGCGCGAGCCCUACCCACAGCCGCCGGUCAAGCAACCGGUGCCCCUGCCGCAGACGCAGCAGGUGCCAGCGCAGAAGCAGCAGCAGGAGAGGAAGGAGGAGAAGGCAGCUUAUGUCCUGGAGGAGACUCCGGAGAUCCCCCAGGGAAAGCCAGCAGCGGAGGAACCCCCGGUCCCAGAGAGAGCGCCGGAGCCCCCAAAGCCGGCCGAGAGUUUCAGAGAGCGGGAGGAUGUGGAAGUCCAGGACGCCAAGUCCCGGGCCAAGGCCAAGUGGCUAAGAGCAUUCAACAAGGUUUGCAUGCAGCUGCAAGAGGCCCGGGGAGAAGGAUCUGGCGAGGCGAAGUCGCUGUGGUUUAAAGGCGGGGGAGCGGCGGUAAAGUUUCUGCGUUGCAUUGACAGCAUGCCUGAUAUUAAGCCUGGACGCAAAUCCCUCCCACUAGUCAGCGAUCUGGCUAUGUCGCUGGUCCAGUCCAGGAAAGCCGGAAUCACGUCAGCACUAGCAUCAAGCACCUUAAACAAUGAAGAGCUAAAAAACCAUGUUUACAAGAAGACCCUUCAAGCCUUAAUCUACCCCAUCUCCUCCACGACACCCCACAACUUCGAGGUCUGGACCGCCACCACCCCCACGUACUGCUACGAGUGCGAGGGGCUGCUGUGGGGCAUCGCCCGGCAGGGCAUGCGCUGUACGGAGUGCGGGGUGAAGUGCCAUGAGAAGUGCCAAGACCUGCUCAACGCAGACUGCCUACAGAGAGCGGCUGAGAAGAGCUCCAAGCAUGGGGCGGAGGACCGGACCCAGAACAUCAUCAUGGUGCUGAAAGACCGCAUGAAGAUCCGGGAACGGAACAAGCCCGAGAUCUUCGAGCUGAUCCAGGAGAUCUUCGCCGUCUCGAAAGCCACCCACACCCAGCAGAUGAAGGCCGUGAAGCAGAGCGUGCUGGACGGCACCUCCAAAUGGUCGGCCAAGAUCAGCAUCACAGUUGUCUGUGCCCAGGGCCUGCAGGCAAAGGAUAAGACAGGCUCCAGUGACCCGUAUGUUACUGUCCAGGUUGGAAAGACGAAAAAAAGGACUAAAACGAUCUAUGGAAAUCUAAAUCCGGUCUGGGAGGAGAAUUUCCAUUUCGAAUGCCAUAACUCCUCCGAUCGGAUCAAGGUGCGGGUCUGGGACGAGGACGACGAUAUCAAGUCCCGCGUCAAGCAGCGCUUUAAGAGAGAAUCCGAUGACUUUCUGGGCCAGACGAUCAUAGAGGUCCGGACACUGAGCGGGGAGAUGGAUGUCUGGUACAACUUAGACAAGCGGACGGACAAGUCAGCCGUGUCCGGAGCCAUCCGGCUGCACAUCAGCGUGGAGAUAAAGGGAGAGGAGAAGGUGGCACCGUACCAUGUGCAAUACACCUGCCUGCACGAGAACCUCUUCCACUUCGUGACGGACAUACAGAACAACGGGGUGGUGAAGAUCCCCGAGGCCAAGGGGGAUGACGCCUGGAAGGUGUACUUCGACGAGACAGCCCAGGAGAUAGUGGACGAGUUCGCCAUGAGAUACGGGGUGGAGUCCAUCUACCAGGCCAUGACGCACUUUGCCUGCCUGUCCUCCAAAUACAUGUGUCCCGGAGUGCCGGCCGUGAUGAGCACACUUCUAGCCAACAUCAAUGCAUACUAUGCCCACACCACCGCCUCCACCAAUGUGUCUGCCUCAGACCGCUUUGCUGCUUCCAAUUUCGGGGUAAGUCCGAUGAAAGAACGUUUCGUCAAGCUGCUGGACCAGCUGCACAAUUCGCUCCGGAUUGACCUGUCCAUGUACCGGAACAACUUCCCUGCCAGCAGCCCGGAGAGGCUGCAGGAUCUCAAGUCGACGGUGGAUCUGUUAACCAGCAUCACCUUCUUUCGAAUGAAGGUGCAGGAGCUGCAGAGCCCACCUCGGGCCAGCCAGGUGGUGAAGGACUGCGUGAAAGCCUGUCUCAACUCCACCUACGAGUACAUCUUCAACAACUGCCACGAGCUGUAUAGCCGCGAGUACCAAACCGACCCGACAAAGAAAGGCGAGGUCCCCCCCGAGGAGCAGGGGCCCAGCAUCAAGAACCUGGAUUUCUGGUCCAAACUUAUCACGCUGAUUGUUUCGAUUAUUGAAGAGGAUAAGAACUCCUAUACGCCCUGCCUGAACCAGUUCCCCCAGGAGCUGAACGUGGGUAAGAUCAGCGCCGAGGUGAUGUGGAACCUCUUUGCUCAGGACAUGAAAUAUGCAAUGGAAGAGCACGACAAGCAUCGCCUGUGUAAAAGUGCUGACUACAUGAACCUGCACUUCAAAGUGAAAUGGCUUUAUAACGAGUAUGUGACUGAGCUCCCUGCCUUCAAGAGCCGCGUCCCCGAAUACCCCGCCUGGUUUGAGCCUUUCGUUAUCCAGUGGCUGGAUGAAAAUGAGGAGGUGUCCCGGGAUUUCCUGCAUGGAGCGCUGGAGCGGGACAAGAAGGACGGGUUCCAGCAAACCUCUGAGCACGCUCUCUUCUCCUGCUCCGUGGUGGACGUCUUCUCCCAGCUGAACCAGAGCUUUGAGAUCAUCAAGAAGCUGGAGUGCCCCGACCCGCAGAUCGUCGGGCACUACAUGCGGAGGUUUGCCAAGACCAUCAGCAACGUGCUGCUGCAAUACGCCGAGAUCAUCUCCAAGGAUUUCGCUUUGUACUGCUCCAAGGAGAAGGAGAAAGUGCCCUGUAUCCUGAUGAACAACAUCCAGCAGCUCCGUGUCCAGCUGGAGAAGAUGUUUGAAGCCAUGGGGGGGAAGGAGCUGGACGCCGAGGCCAGUGACACCCUGACGGAGCUGCAGGCGAAACUCAACAGCGGCCUGGAUGAGCUCAGCGGAGUUUUUGCCACCAGUUUCCAGCCUCACAUUGAGGAGUGCGUGAAGCAGAUGGGCGACAUCCUGAGCCAGGUGAAGGGCACCGGGAAUGUCCCCGCCAGCACCUGCAGCAGCGUCGCUCAGGACGCCGACAACGUCCUUCAGCCCAUCAUGGACCUUCUGGACAGCAACCUGGCUCUCUUCGCCAAGAUCUGCGAGAAGACGGUGCUGAAGCGUGUGUUGAAGGAGCUCUGGAAGCUGGUGAUGAACACCAUGGAGAAGACCAUCGUCCUCCCGCCACUCACCGACCAGACGAUGAUUGGGACGCUCUUGAGAAAACACGGCAAGGGGACAGAGAAGAGCAGGGUGAAGCUGCCCAGUCACACAGAUGGCACCCAGAUGAUCUUCAAUGCGGCCAAGGAGCUGGGGCAGCUGUCCAAACUGAAGGACCACAUGGUGCGCGAGGAGGCCAAGAGCCUGACCCCCAAGCAGUGUGCCGUGGUGGAGCUGGCCCUGGACACCAUCAAGCAAUAUUUCCAUGCCGGAGGAGUGGGGCUGAAGAAGACCUUCCUGGAGAAGAGCCCCGACCUGCAAUCGCUGCGCUAUGCCCUGUCCCUGUACACGCAGGCCACCGACCUGCUCAUCAAAACCUUCGUGCAGACUCAGUCAUCUCAGGUCCAUGGUGGAAAAGGUAUUAGGUUUACCCUUAGUGAAGAAAUUUAUCCUGAGAAGGGAUCUGGCGUGGAUGACCCAGUCGGGGAGGUGUCGAUCCACAUAGAGCUCUUCACUCACCCUGGCACCGGGGAACACAAAGUCACCGUCAAAGUCGUGGCUGCUAAUGACCUCAAGUGGCAAACAUCGGGCAUCUUCCGGCCCUUCAUCGAGGUCAACAUCAUUGGGCCCCAUCUCAGUGACAAGAAGAGGAAAUUUGCCACCAAGUCCAAGAACAACAGCUGGGCCCCCAAAUACAACGAAAGCUUCCAGUUCACCCUGAGCAGUGAGACGGGCCCCGAGUGCUACGAGGUGCAGGUGUGCGUCAAGGACUACUGCUUCGCUCGGGAGGACCGCACGGUGGGCAUCGCUGUGCUUCAGCUCAAGGACAUCGUGCAGCGGGGCAGCUGCGCCUGCUGGCUGCCCCUGGGCCGGCGCAUCCACAUGGACGACACGGGCCUCACCGUCCUGCGCAUCCUCUCUCAGCGCAACAACGACGAGGUGGCCAAGGAGUUCGUCAAGCUCAAGUCGGACACGCGCUCGGCCGAGGAAGGCAGCAGUUAAGGGCCUGAGCAGGUGUAGAACAUCCCCAGCACCACCCCCGUCCUGUCCCUUUUCUACAGCAUCCUCCAGCCACGUAAAAGCCAUAAGGUCGUCCACAGCCCCCCACCGGUUAGGGAAGGGAGCCCCCACUCCGGGCAGCCACAAGCAGGCGCCCACUUCCCAGUG